AUGGUUAAUGCUGAAACUGCUCGCAAUAUCGUCGGCAUCAUUGGAAAUGUUAUCUCCUUCGGCCUCUUCCUCUCGCCAUCUCCAACUUUUUGGAGAAUAAUUAAGAGGAAAUCAGUGGAGGAGUUUCAGCCCUAUGCAUAUAUCGCAACAUGUAUGAAUUGCAUGUUUUGGAUGCUUUAUGGUCUUCCAUUUGUUCAUCCUGACAGCACUCUCGUCAUCACCAUCAACGCCAUUGGCCUUGUGAUGGAGUUGAUAUAUUUAUCAAUAUUCUGUUACUACGACCAUCAGAACAAAGGAAGGAAGAAGGCGGCGAUUGGACUUUCUGGGGAAGUGGUUUUUGUAUUGAUAAUAUCUGUAAUUACAAUGGUGGCUUUUCACACCCAUGAAAGCAGGUCAUUUUUUGUGGGAAUUAUCUGCGAUGUCUUCAACAUUAUCAUGUAUGCUUCACCACUCACCAUUGUGAGAAAAGUUAUAAGAACAAAGAGCGUAGAGUACAUGCCAUUCUAUCUCUCACUUGCCGGUUUCACUAAUGGCUGUAUCUGGGCUGCUUAUGCCCUCAUCAAGCUGGAUUAUUUUAUUCUGAUAAGCAAUGGCCUUGGAGCACUGUUCAGUCUUCUGCAACUUAUUAUAUAUGGCGUGUACUAUAGAUCAACGCCUAGAAAGGGCCAAGAUAUCGAAAAGCGGCCGGAGGUUCAGCUCUCUACAGCUCCCACGGGUUAAAUUAAUCUAUCAUGCUGAUUUUU